UGAUAAGUGUGUACAGUUAUGACGUAAUCAAACAGCGACCCAGCCCCACAUGUCUUCCUGUUGAAGUUGUAGCUGCUCACGCGAAGGGGUCACCAUGGCCAGGCAGUGGUCUGAGGGCCACUCCACCCCCAUCCUAUGUGUUGGAGCUUCUCCGGGUCCUGAGGGCCUCCUCGCUUCAGGCUCCGAGGGCGGAGAGGUGACCGUGUGGAGCCAAGAAGGGACCAUCAUAGGCAGACUCACCCUCCCUGGUGAAGAGGACAGCACAAGUGUUGUCUUCUCACCUGCGGCUCCAGGCCAGCUGUACGUGUCUCACGGAGAUGCUGUGAGCGUCCUCGACCCCAGGAACCUGAGGGGCCCUGUAGAGGAGUUUCAGGGCGCGGGGGAAGAGGAGAUCAAUGCCUUAGCUUUAAAUGAGACAGGCUCAGCCCUGGCGGUGGCCGAUGACUCUGGGGCAGUGCGAGUGCUGGAGCUUCCUGGGGGAAAAGUGUCCAGGACUCUUCGCAGACACACUAACAUCUGCUCGUCUGUGGCUUUCAGGCCUCACAGACCCAACAAUCUGCUGUCUGCUGGACUGGACAUGCAGGUGAUGCUGUGGGGUCUGCAGAAGACUCGCCCGCUUUGGACACUUAACCUCCAGGAUGUAGCAGAGGAGGAGGAUGAUCACCAGCAGCGUCCUGGUCAGCUUUUUAACCCACCACUGGCUCACUGCGUUUCAGUGGCGAGCUGUGGGAACAUUGUAGGCUGUGCAGCAGAGGACGGUCGGGUGCAUCUGAUGCGGAUCGGCAGCGGCUGUAAAUUAGAGCAGCAGGGCGCAGUGAAAGCCCACAGUCAGGGAGCCUCACAAGCCCACUUUGUUCAUUUACCCUCCCACCCGUACUGGCUGGUCACCGGGGGGAAUGACGGCCAAGUCGCCCUGUGGGACCUCAGUAAGCACCCAGUUGUGGCUCCAGAGGGAAAAGCCAAACCUAGAGUGACCCCACGCAGGAAGGGUAAGCACAAGACAAAGAGGAAAGAACAAUCGCAGGACAUAGCAGAGACGCCACUUAAGGCUGAAGCAGAGAAAGAAGAAGCUGAAGUGGAGGAUGAAGCAGCAGCCGCAGAGGAUGUGAACUUCGACAAGCCUGGGCCCAAACUGAGCAUCAGUCACGGGGACAAGGUGAACUGGCUGUGCCCCGGGGUGCUGAAAGGAGAACAUUGUGUGGUUGUAGCUGAUCAGAGCUGCAGUCUGACUGUCUACCCUCUGUCUCAUCUUUAGUCAUGCACUUUACACCAUGAUCUUAAAGCUCUGUUUUGGUCAUAGCUUUGAUUUCAAAUGCUUGUUUUUUGUCAGAUCAUACAAUCCUGUGUGCUGCUGUUAGUGUUAGGUACAGUCAGUUAGCUGCUGCACUUAAUGACCCUUGAUAUUCUGAAGGUUUGGUAAAAGAAGUUGUUAAGUAAUCUAUAAAAGUUAAUUUUGAUGAAAGCAAAGUUAUUUAAGAGCCAAUAAAACAUCCCAGUAACAGAGGAUGAUGGUUUAUACAACUGUGUUCUCGGCUGUGUUAGAAUUUACUCAUCAUGCUAAAAAUAAGCCUUUCAGACCACAAUCUGUUUGACUCUUCAUUGGGAAGUUAUUAGUUGAAAUGAAUAAGCUGAGUUUUGGUAGUUUAGGAAGGCACCUAGUGGUAAGAUAGAAAUUGUCUGAUAAGUCUGAACUGAGGGCAAAAACCAAAGAUGACCAUCUGAACCAUAGACUGUAUAUAAAGAUAGACUACACGCAUUAAUUUCCCCUUUAUCCAGAAAUUAAGUCAAAAUAUCCUGGACAUAAACUCUGCCAUGUAGCAGAAAUGGCAUCAUUUGGAGUCUGUGCAUUAGUGGAUAGAAGAUAGAGCUGCUGUAACGCGGUCCCAUCGAUACACACACUAACUGCACAUCCAGUCUCAACUUUAAAUAACUAAUGAAAAGCAAAUUUACCGGAAAAAUGAAACAUCCUUGAGUAACUUGUAUUUUGACUUUUUAGUUGUGUACAUGUCACAUCCACUGAUAUGGAGGAGGCAGGGUUUGUUACCAAUACUGCAGCCAGCCACCAGUGGGCGAUUAAGAUGUUUUGGCCUUACUGUUGGGUAGCUGACAUGAGGUUAAUCCUUAUAUACUGUCUGUAUACUGUCUACAGUAUGAAUGAAACAGUGCAGCACCAGUAUUGUUAGUAGAUCUUUACAGCAGCGAUUAAAACAUUAGAUAGAUUGAAAACACUGUUUAACUACAUGUAUAGUAGUUUUAAUGCCAUCUCACUUGUUUGAUUUGGCUCAGAGGGGGUUCGGUGUGUGUGUGGUCCUAUAAAAAUGUCUUUGAAACGUACUUUGCUUUCUGAAACUGGAUUCAUUAUAUUUUCUUUAAUGUUACAUGUUGGUGGUCUCUGAAAAUACCACGUUAGAUGAAAAGAAAUCUGCUUUUCAUGUUUUACCAAGUCUGAUGUGUUGUAUAGAAUUAAAAGAGGACGUGUCCCAACCGGGUGCCAGGCAGAAAAUAAAACUGGUUGAAGUGAAAGAUAUUUGAAAACACAGAUUACACAGCAACACAUUUUUAAUUGCUCUGAGGAACAGUGGUGCAGUUUUUUAAAUGAAUGUGAAGUAGCAUCUUGUGAACUGACACCCCACAAACCCCUCAUGUAAUUAUGCUAUAGAUAGAGCAAUGAAAUCUUUUUCUGUACAUGAGUAAAUUCUAUUUUGUGCCUAAGAAUCUUUACAGGCUGAAUCUGUUUACUGUUACACGGUUAAACAAGUCUGUGUGACUGUAUUUUUACUGCAUAACAACAGCAACAUGGAUUUGUCUUCACUUACACUGGAACUUUUCUUCUGUUACCCUCUGAACAAUAUCAAGCAUCAAAUAUAUAUUGUGUGUUUUUUUAAAACAUGCUCAGCUACUCCAGAAACGUCAUUCUUUUAUGACUCGACAGAUUCAUACAUUCAUUGCAAAUGCAAAUUCUUCCACUCAAGUAAACCAUCAUUCUUCUGCAAACAAGCAAAACACUUUUCUUUAAGAACACUA